UUAACCAGUUCCCGUCUGGCCCAUGUUUAUAAACAGCUGGAUGGGAGUAGUGCAAGAGCGGUUUGCCGUUCAUAAACGUCGUCCGCAUUUUCAGUCUGUGUGCGCUCCCUGGGAGCAUGCGGCACAGCAAUCCGGUGCCCGCUGUGUCCGGUGCCUGCUCUGUGUGAGGUCCGAUUAUGUGAUCACAGAUUGGCCAAUCAGUGAUCACAUGAUUGUGAAAUCUGUGAAUUAUCACAGAGAUCACAUGGCACAAGGCUAUUCACAACAGCCUUGUACCAUGUGACAAGCUGUGACCAUUCACAGCUCUCACA